AUGUGUACCGUUACCUCACCAGGCUUCGCAUCCAUCGCAGCUGCCAUGGCCGUUGAGCAGCUCACGUCCGUCUUGCAGCAUCCUCAAGGAGUCAUAUCUCCCAUUCUAUGCCGAACAAAAUGGGGUUUUGUACCACACCUACUUUGCGGUUUCCUCGCCCAGUUCCGCCAUUCACCGCUUACGGGGCCUGGGUGUGAUAGAUAUACUGGGCGCACCAAAAUUGUACGCCGUUCUUGUAUACCUUUGCACCCCAACGCACAUCCUUGCGAUUCAAGCUUAAGACAUGCUUCUGAAGCCAUCCAACAAUCAGAAAUAUUUCGAAACGCUGGUGGGGCUGGAUAA